AGAUCGCUUAAUUAGUGACAAAUAAACAAGAAACAACUCAUUCAUAAUGUCUGUCGAUUUCAACACCGUUGCUAAGGAAUUCUGUAACUUCUAUUAUCAGCAAUUCGAUUCUGAUAGAUCCCAAUUGGGAAACUUAUAUAGAGAUCAAUCUAUGUUAACAUUUGAAACUUCUCAAUUACAAGGUGCUAAAAGUAUUGUUGAAAAAUUGGUUGAAUUACCAUUCCAAAAAGUUGCUCAUAGAAUUUCAACUUUAGAUGCUCAACCAGGUUCACCAAGUGGUGAUAUUUUAGUCAUGGUUACUGGAGAAUUAUUGAUUGAUGAUGAACAAAAUCCUCAACGUUAUUCUCAAGUAUUCCACUUAAUUCCAGAUGGUAAUUCUUACUAUGUGUUUAAUGAUAUUUUUAGAUUAAACUACUCUUAGAUAUUAAAUAUACUUAGCUUAACUACAGAGAUUUAUAGUAUUUAAAUAUUCUAUCAGUUUAUCUCACUAAUUUAUAAUGCUCACAGCGCUUAAUAUAUAUAUAUAUAUACAUAUAUACACAAGUAC